CACAACGGAGGCGCGCGCUGCCCGCGUCGCCGUGGCACCCGCCGCCGCGCCGGGCCCGGCCCACGCUACAAUCGGGACUAUAAAGGCGGCGCGAACGCGGCGCCGCCGCCGCCUAGAGCAGCGGGUCCGGGCCGGCGGUACCAGCUCCGCCCGCCCGCAGGAGGCUCCCGGAUUUGGGGGGCGAGGGGGGAACCACCGCGGCCCAUCCCCACCCCGGGAGCGAGUUGACAGCCGGCCAUGGCUGACGGCUUGAGGAGGCUGGUCAGCGCGGAGAGCGGCCGGGUGCUGCAGGAGAAGCUGGAGAGCUGGUACCGGGACUACGAGAUUAAUUCCUGUGAUCAGAAUCUGAAUCGAUGCUGUGAAAUAAUAGAACUGAACUCUGAGAUUCAAGGGCAGCUCUUCACAAUCCUCAAUGAAACAUCUCAAGAAGGUGGGCAUUAUGCAGGUGUGGAAACAAUAAAAACUCGUCUCCUGCCAUGGCUAGGGACUUGUUUUUCCUGUGCUACAUCAGGAAGGCUCUUUGAAACCAGUCUCUCUCUCACGCAGGAUUCAAUUGGGAAAGAGAGGCAGCUGAGAGAGCUGGCCAGCAAUCAGACUAUUCAACUACAAGAGCUGCAGGAAGAACUGACUUCAACUCGUCUACAGCUCAACCAUGUGGAACAAGAUCUGAAGAAUUCCCGUGCCCAAGAGAAGGAUGCCCUGAGGAAGUUAGAUCGUCUGAAUGAUUAUGAGCAGCAGAUUCAAAUACUGCGGGAUGAGAUUUCAAUUCUGGAUGCCCAAAAGUCUGUUCUCCAGAGCAGGCUUGCACGGAGCUGCUCUCCUUCCCCAAGGCACAGGGAGAGCAAGUCACCUCCCCGGAGGAGCUGCUCACCUGGCCAAGCCAGGCGUACAAAUGCUUCACGUCGUGCCUGCCUGGUAGCUCGCUUUGGUGACAUUUAUGCUCAGGAACGCUUGGAUGCAGAGACCCUUUUGAGGACGUAUGUCAGUGACAUGGAGAUGGUGCAGAGGAUAAUAUACAUUGCAGCUGUGGAAUCUUUUCAUGCAGCAAAGAUGGCCUACAGGCAGCUCAAAAUACGUGUAAGAGAGACUCUGUCUCUAGGUCACUCGGCACCUGAGUCACUCGAAGACAGUGUCCUGGAUUAUAUAGUUCGCCAUGAGGAUCUGUAUGACGUUCAAGCCAGUGUCAAUGAAGUAAUUCGCUCCAUGAACAUCAACCCAAAGAUUUCUUUCCCGCCAGAAAUUGAUUUCAUUGUGAUCAGCACUUUAAUUCGAGAGUUGUGCCGUGUGGCUUUUUCAAUGCAGACACUCAUUCCUCCUCUUGAUAUUGCCUUUGGUACCGAUAGAGAACUUUUCAGUGAGACCAAGUACCAUCGUAGUUUUGACUCUGAUUUCACGGCUGUUUUGGUGGCCUAUCAUGUAUGGCCUGCCCUGAUGGAAAAUGGUGAAGUAAUUGUGAAGGGAGAAGCAGUCACAAAAAGAGGAACUCUGUGGUCUCGCAGAAGUAGGACUAGGAGCAGAAGCCGCAGCCGUAGCACCAGUCCUCUUCUAGCUCAUCAUUCUCGAAGCCGCAGUCUUUCACCACUGAGGCGCCUAAGCCCAAGGCAUUAACUGAACAUGUUCCUGUGAUUCAGUACAUCUGGAUCCAAUAACUUCACUGGCGCCUUUUCAAGAAUACCUCAAAUCUCGCAAUAAUGUGAAUGGCAACUGUCACUCCAAACGGAGUUUGUGUUCAGUGUGGUUUUUAAAGUUAUAGAAGGCUUGUUUAUAAUUUUAGAAACUAAUUCAACCCUUCUGAUUUAAAAAAAAAGGUGCAUGCGAUACAGAAUCGUACUCAUUCGGCAAAAUUUGCAGAGCACUGAGGAACCCAUGCUGCAAUCCUGCAGGUGGAGAUAGAAUGAUUGCAUCUAGAAUGUUUUCCACAGAUACUAAAUGAUGCAGUUUGUCUUGAUAGGAUGUUUAAUAUAACCUAAGUGUUGAAUUUUGCAGAAUGUUGAGGUUAGCUGCUACUUAAAAACAAUUUCAUUAAUUGGUGCUUAUUUACAAUUUUAGAAAAAGCAAUAAUCUUAGGAUGUGCCUCACAGGGCCUCAUCUACAGGGCCAGCCUUAAAUAGAAGCCACACAAGUGACUGCUCGGGGCCUUGUGCUUUUACAUAGAAACAUAGGAUUUGUCCUAAUGGAACUGACAUGUAAUUCACCAACUCCACUGUCUCAUUCCAGUCAAUGCCUGAUGCUUCAAAGAUAUGUGGAGCUUUUCCCAAAUUCAACUCCAUAAUUCUGGAAUAUAAACAAUCAGAAGGAGGAAAAAUUCCUUUCUGCCCCCUCUUUUAAUCAGCCAAUGCCUUGGAGCAUGGCAUUUCAUUAGUACUACUGUAAUAACAUGAGCAAAACUAUUUUUAUUAGUUCUGAAACUAUUUAGUCCUUAAAAUUAAGUUACAGGAGCAGGUUUUGUGAUCCCUUUCCAAGGAUCUUAUGCAGAUUUAUACAUCCAUGCUCUUUCUCUCUACUUGUGUGGCUUAAGACUUAGGCGUAAGAUUCUUUGGCACAGGAUUAGAUUUUGGGCAGACUUUAGCAUUGGUCCCCGUGAGCCAUGGAUCAGCUGUCACUCUAGUUCUACAGAUGUAUUUUCAUUGGAAUUAGGCUCAUUAGUAACCAAUGAGAACAAAAUGAGGUCCUGUACGUAGAGAAUCAUUCACAGAGCCACUCUGAAUGAACUAAGGGAACACAAAAGCACGUGCCCAUAUGUGAUGUACUUUCUUGUUAUCUAAGAAAGUCACGAGAGAAAAUGCAAAGCAACAGAUUUCCUCUUCUAAGAGGCUGAUUGUUGGUAACAGAUAUGGAUCUGAGCUUGAAGUAAGCCUGCAUAUUUCUGCACUGAUCUCAUGACUAAAACCACCACAUUUCUGGAAAAACUGAGCACCUGCAACUUGUGUGGCAACAGAAAACAAUUAGAUAUCCUGAGUAUGGUUUUGAGCAGAAGGAUGAAGAAUUUCUCAAAAUCUUGUGAUUACCAAGGGUUAAGGAGAUGUAGGCUUUUAAAAUUUUGUGUAGCGUGUUUGUCUUCUGCAUGUAAUUACCAAGACAUAUCUGUGUUAUGAUUUUGAGUUGAAGUAAGUUUCCAUAAAACCUGUGAGAAAACUAAGACUACAUCAAGGACAUAUGUUUUUCUUGACAAGCAUGAGAGGCAGGGUAGUUCCAGACUUGCACAUACCAGUGGUGCCACUAGGGACUAGUAUUCCCAAAGAUCUAAAAUUGCUAUAAAAGACAAAUUUGCAGAACUUGAUGGACCAUCUCAUCUUACUCCCCUAGCAGGUACCUAGAGAACUAGUUAGUCUCAAAGUAGAAAACUAAUGCAGUGACAGCCAAUGACUUGUUUUGGUAGUGAGAAAGCAUUUCUAGGAUUUUUUUUUUUUUUGCAUAAUGUUUUAGAGCAGAACAAACCAGUGUUUGUUCAAUAUUUGCAGCUCAAUAACAUAGAGACUCAUGCAGAGCUAGCAAAUACUGAGGGUAAAUGGCUUAGCUAAAUUUACUACUGCAAUAUGAAGGUGUAAAUUCAGAAAUUACUUUAGAUUCUCCCGGCAUCUCGAUAGGAGAAAAAAGAGGUUGGUAGCCUCUUCUCAUCGAAUCUCACUGGCAGCAGGCUGUGGUACUGAUUCAGUCUUGUAGGAAGCUCUGGAGAUGAGCAGUAAGUUAAAGUUAAAAUACAGCCUGAAGAAAGUAAAUGUGAAGGCCAAAAAUUAUCAAAAUGCUCCCUGGAAAACAUAUGCCUGUACAUCCUCCAGGAUUUGAGCCUUUUAACUUUACUUUUCUAUUCCACGUAAGUACUGCAAAAGUUAGUCAUCCUGUAAAAGUGCCAUCAGAAUUAAAUACUGUCUUUCAGCUUUAUGUAACCUUUGUCAGCCAUUUUUGAUUGGUGUUAACUACACAACGAUUUCCUUACUGUAGCAUUAUAUAGUCUAGCUUUGUAUUAAAGAAAUGAAAAUCUGUUUGUUAUGGCUUGCAGCUACAUUAGCAUGCAUUCAGAUUCAAUAUAUUUUAAGUUUCAUGACUGCAUUGUAUUUCUUUUAGUCAUGCAGCAUACUAAGCAAGCAUACAGAAGAAAUGUACAUUUCAUUUUAUGCAGAUUUUUGAUAAUUUAAAACAACACAUAUAAGCAAAUCUGUCACAGGCUCUUGCUGAUAUACAGGUGUGUUGUUUAUGUGGAAGCUGUACCCUUCACUGGGUAGACAGAGCACAAACAUAGAGCAAUUGGUGUCACUUUACUGUUAGCAAAUUAAGCGGAUAGUGUAUUUAUACUUUCUUACGGCUUUGAGAAGGCCUCGUAAAGACACAGUUCUGAAAGUAAGGCUACCUGCUUGAAAGUAAAAUGUCAGCGUAAAGAUGCUGUUUACCACUGUUAGUGUCGCUUCCUGUGAAAUUGUUUUUUCCUAAAGGGCUUUGGCCUGCAUUCAAAGUUCUUUGUUUUAAAAGAAAAAAAAGUUACAAGGAGAGAGCACUCUCGGCUCACUCCUCCUCUUCACAGUAGGCAUCAUUUAGCCUCUUACAUUAGAGCAAUAUAUCAUAAGCAGAUAUGACACCUUUGUAAACUGCACUCAGGACCCUGAGUGAGAACCUGUUUCUGCAUUGAUACACGCACCCCUAAAACAGCAUGGACAAGACAAAACAUUUAUUAUUUGAAAGCAUCAUCCUCUUCACAGAAACUAUUUUGCCCUAUGAACUUUUAUGCAGUUUGCACUGACCCAUUUAAUAAAAAUAAAUGGAGUUUUAAAAAAGUGACAAGUAUUUUUCAAGUGUUUUCUAUCUUCUGGUAAAGUGUGAUUCUCAGAUACCUUGUUAGUGAAAAAAAUAAGGCAAAAUGUUGCAGUUUAGAAAAAUCACACAAAGUUUAUUGUAUAAAAUGACUACGCAAUUUUUUAAAAAAUAUUGGAAUAUGCAGUUAUGUUAAAUAGCUUACAACAAAGAUUUAUCAGAAACCCUUGUGACACAAAUGUAAAAUUCAGAAAAUCUGAAGGGCUGUUUUAUCAGAUUUUUUCUCUGUUUCCUAGGGCUAAGCUUUAUGACUGCUUUCAGGGUAACUUGUUCACAUUGUAAGACUGCACUUAGUGCAUGUUGUGUAGACAAACUUCAUUUUCCUAAAAUUUUAUGCAAGCUUUAUGGUUUUAUGUGGCAAUCAGAAAUUGAAUGCUUUAUUCUUUAAAAGCACUUUACAUACAGCGAGUGAGUGAUUUCUAUUUGGGCUGAGGUGAGUUUCUUACCUGGGGGCAUGUGAAAUAUUACCUGCCUCAGUGCAAAGUACUCCCCAAGAUAUACUGUUGCUGCCUUCGGCUUUCCUGAACAUCACACCUUUGCUCAGAAAAUUAAGCUCAAUUAUUUCUACAUGCUGCUGUAAUUUGGGCAGGAAUCUACCCAACGAAAACCAGACACAGAUGGAGCUGUGCCUGUCCUUUAAUAUAGAAAUACAAUUAAUAUUUUAAUUUCUAGUCAGUGUAUGAUAUGUUGCUCAACCUGAAUAGCUUGUGGUUUAAAUGAAGUACUGUCUUCAAAUUCUUCAGCUAUUAAAUCAAUGAAAUGCAUAUGAAAUUUUGAAUUUAACUAUUUUCACUUGAUUAGUACCAGGUUGUACCAUAUAUUUUUCUCACCCAGACUGGAAUUUCGAGAAUGACUAACUGCAAUCUAAACGUGUCCAUUUCAAUUAGUCUGAAUAAACAAUGUGUUUUAAACUAGUACCAUAAAA